GUUAACCAACCUCAAGUCCAAGUUGCCCAAAGCCCCAACUUGGCCGCUAGGGUAGGGCCUACAAAAGCUAACCAACGACCACCCUUUUCCUCCCUAUGAAGGCACCUCCUACCUCAUCCAUCCCAUUUUAGGAUUGCAGAUUUUAACAUUCUGCAAAAGCACUUCUUGUUGGCUCAAAAGCACUUCCUUCUGUUGGCUCUUGUAAACUAAAGCAAUGGAGAUCCCUGCCAUCCAUCCUUACCAAUCUGUCUUCCCUUCUCAUCUCAUCUAUCCAUACCAUUUGGUCCCAGAAAACUAUGUGCACUGGACUGAGACCCCUGAAUCUCACAUUUUCUCGGCUGACAUCCCUGGUGUGAGGAAAGAGGACAUAAAAGUAGAAGUGGAGGACUCAGUGUACCUCAUAAUUCGAACAGAGAGGAUCGAGGAGGAGUCCACGGAGCAGCCUAGCAGCAGGACCUUCAUGAGGAAGUUCCGGCUUCCGGGCCGGGUCGAUAUCGAACGGAUUUCAGCCAGAUAUGAAGACGGAGUGUUGACAGUCACGGUGCCGAGAUCUCUGAGGAGGGCUUUCUUCAUUGAGCCAGCUGAUGUGCCAGAAAGGCUUGAAGUUCUUGCAAGGGCUGCUUAGUUUUUAGUUUAAACAUGGCAAAUUAAAAUAAGAUUAAUUAGAUAAUAAUUAGUUGUACUAUUUUUCUUUUCGAUUAGUUUAAAAUCUCGGUAAGGUUUUUAUCGAGACAUUCUAUUUGCACCAUAUUCUUAUUGAUGUACAUAUUUCAUUUGUUAUUAACGAAUAUCGUACUUUUUCAAAAAAAAAAAAUAGUUGUGGGGAUUCUACUUUUGUUAAGCGAAGGAUUGGUGGAUUGUACUUGAUAUGAGUUCUCACAUUAUUGUACGAAUGUUUUAAACUA